GCGCGUUAGGAAGGAAUGUCUCACAGGAAGAGCUUCUUCAUAUUUAUAACUACAGAAGUCUGAGCGCUCAGCGCCGUCUAAGCUUCAGCUGAGGGUGAGAUGGAUAGAGCAGCAGAUAAUGUGCUGAGCGGUAUGGAGUCGUUACCCUCCUCCCCCCCAACUCCUCCUGCUGUCUCUCUCUCCUCCUGUCUGUCUCUCCCUGUUUCCUGCUCCUCCUCUCCUCUCUCAUCCUCUCGUCAGGUCACCGCUCGUCUCUACUCCUCCCUCCAGCACAGUAGAGAGCAGGAGGUCAAAGGUCACCAGGCCGACACCCAUCGUUCUCUCACGGCCAGACAGGUAUCCUUUAAGAUGACUUCUCCUUUGGUUACCAUGACAACAUCUGCACCCUCUCUGCGCUCUGAUAGGCUGAAUGAGUCACAGGAAGUGACGUUUGGUCUUGAUGCAUGCUCCUCCAGUGAUCUCAGGAUCUCUGGGAUGGAGGAGGCGGAGUCAGAACCAGAGCCAAUCCCUGAAGAGAUGGACCUGAACCUACAGAGCAACACUAAACUCUCGAGUGGCCGGCGGCAUAUUGAGGAGAUGGAGAACGUGAGGAGUCACUUACAGACAAUUCUGAGAGCCAGAGCUACUGACACACACGAACUCCCCUGUGCGUUACAGCAUCUUCAGGACAAAGAGAGUGACACCACCUCACACCUGCUCAGUGGUGUAGAGGAUUUGUUCCCGCGGUAUUCCCGUGUCCGUGCUGAUUUUGACUCCGCCCCUUUUCACUCUGUCUCUGAGCUGCAGGUGAUCAGAGAGAGUCUGGAGAGAGAAAGAGCAAGACGCAAACACUGGGAGCAGCAGCUCUUGGCAGUACAGAGUAAGGCGUUAGGGCUGCAGCAGCAGUUAGCACUCGCCGUGUCCGCGGAUCGUAAGAAGGACAUCAUGAUCGAGCAACUAGAUAAGACGUUGGAGAAGGUGGUGGAGGGGUGGCGUCGGCAUGAGCGAGAGAAGAGUGAGGGAGUGAGACGGCUGCAGGAGGAGAAGGAGGCAGCGGAGAGCACACAGCAAAAACAAAGAGAGGUUCUGGCUUGCCUUGAGAAGAGUCUGUCAGAGGCAGCAGAGACGUUGGACAAAGAACAAAAACGCAACGAAGAGCUACAGAACACCAACAAACAGCUGGAGUGUGAGAUGGCAGAGCUACGUGUCUGUGUAGGUGAGCUGGAGCAGGAGGUGGAGCGUGUACGUGCUGAGGUGGAGGAGGAGAAGGCUGAGGUGGAGAGACUUCAAACACACAACCUGGAUCUACAGCAACAACUGGAACAACACAACCUCCAGUCCAAACACACACAAACACACCUGCAGCAGGAGCUGACACUGCUCACAGAACAGCUGGAGACAGAGAGGGAGCGAGUGAAUCAGGAGGUGCAGCUGCGUGAGGAGGCCCAGUCCAGACUUCAGCAGCUGCAGCAGGACCUGGAGGAGACUAAGAGAGAGAGAGACACUGCCAGAGUGGACCGAGCACUGGACCAGGCUCGGUUCGAGGCUCAGCGCUCGCAGUGGGAGGUGGAGCUCCGACUCUCUGUGGAGCAGCAGGUCACAGAACGACUGGCAACCAUACAGGAGGAGAACGUUAACGCUACAGCUAAACUACGGGAACAGCACAGGAAGCAGCUGCUGGACCUGAGUGCUCGUCACGAGCGAGAGCUCUCUGUCCAGUCGGAUGAGUUUGGAGUGCAGCUGAAGGAGAGAGAUGACCGACAGCACCAGCUCACACUCCACUUCAACAAGAAGAUGGCAGAAUUACAGGACGAGCUGGUUUCCAUGGAGACCAGUAAGAGGAGGCUGGAGACGCAGAGGGAGGAGCUUGUGUCUCGCCUGCAGGGAAUGAUGCGUUCCCAUUGGGCAGAGGCUCUCAGACUGCUGACCAAUCAGGAGCAGAUUGAAGGGGUGUUGACUCCCUUGUCUCUGUGGGACAAACCAUACUCAUCCCCCCGAACUCAGGACACCAGCAUCUGCAGCACAGCACACACACUCUCUACAGCUGCUCCUCAGGCCGUGGUGUUGCAGCUGUGUAGAGAGCGAGAGCAAGGGACGAGGGGACAGGGGGACAGUGGAGGGGACAGGGGACGAGUGGAGUCUGACUUCAGCCUGUUAAACCACAGUCACACCUUCAGUCCACUGGAGCCAGUGCUGGAUGACACACACCUUACAGCUGUCGGUGGUGGUGAUGGUGAUCUGUGGGACAGGCCUGUGGGAGGAGAGAGACAGACAGUGGACAGAGGAACUGAUGGAGGGAAUGAACAGAAAGAGAGAGGAGAGACGACUCACUUCCACACUCAGAAUCUGUACUGCCACCUGAAUCAGACCAGGGUUCAGUCUGAUCACCGAGUCAACACACAACCUAUUCCCACUCCCAAUCUGAAUCCCUUUCCCAAUCCCACUCUGAAUUCUAAUCUCAGACUGAAUCGAGCACACGCCUCCACUGAUGUACGGGCCAGUCAGAGCUCAGAUAAGGGGGUGGGCCGAUGUGAUGUAUCCAAGCAAAUGUACAGUAGUACAGGGACAAAAGCUCCACCCACAGAAGAACAGACCCUGUCAGUCAAAGUGAAAGCUCCUCCCCCUGCAACAAAUAUGUCAUCUUCAUGUGAUGAGAGACAAAAUGAACUGCAGUACUACAUAGCAAAGUUGUUGGAGCGUUCUCCAGGUGAACCUCUGGAGGAGCAUCAGGUGGAUCAGAGCAAGAAUAGAGCAGAAACUCUGACUACUAAUUCAGGUGUGAGCUCUGAGAUAGAGCCGAAGCUGGAGCAGCUAGCUGAACUCCUGCACCUGACACUGCCCCCUACACACACCACGCAGCAACUGCAGCAGCUCCUCCACAGCUUUAUUAGGUCAGGGGAGAUGUGUGCUGACACAGUCCGAGCUAAUCUAGACCGCAGACUAGCCCAGCACGACAGCAAGGAGGUGAGACAAAAGGAGGAGAGUCUCCUGCAGCAGCGUCAGUCCGUGGCUCGCUCCAUGCAGAACACGACCACACGAGGGCGCCGGACUGGACCCCAAGGUCAAAGGUCAGGAUCGAAAGUCAACGCUUGGAGAUGAAUGAACUCGGGCGUUAAGUCCGAGUGAGACAGAGUGGACUUUCUUCUAAAGUGUUUUUUUUGUACUAAUUUAUUCGAAUCAAAUGUGUUUAUUAAAUUUCCUGUUUUAUAAA